AUGCGAUAUCUUGAAAUGAGUUUGAUCUCAGAGGCAAAUGCGAUAUUCAACCAGCUAGAGGCGAAAAAUUUCAGCAUCAAUUUAGAAGCCUAUUCAUGUAAAUACACAAAGAAACAGCGAAAAAGACAAAACUACAAGAACACCAUAGCACACCUGAUAAACACUCUUGAGUUGGCCAACCUUAAGGGCAAAUGCAAAUUGAAGAGGGACGAUUUCAAGCUGAAGCAGUUUUCCGAAAUAAAGAAUGACAUAUUCCUGAUUCUGAUGUGCAAUGAUAGAUUUGAUGCGGAGAAGAUGAUCAAAAUGCUCGUUAUUUGCAUACAGAACACGGUAGGAAUAAAUAGCACGCUGAUAUUUUCACUGGAAAAUCGGAUUGCCCUGCUAAGCGAUGAUAAGCACUUCCUGUGCUAUUUGUUCUACAACAAAAAAGUGAAGCGAAUCCUGCUAUUGACCAUAUUUUAUAAUUUGAACAAGAGAUAGGUCGGUUCGUCUGUAUCAUAAUUAAGUAAACACGACCGUGUAUGUACCAAAGUUUAUUCUUUGAUAUUCCUUUUUGGUGAAAUAAAUUGCAACCUCGCCAUUCCAUUUAAGGUGACGAGUAGUAAGCGAAUCGGUAGCAACUGUCCACCAAUUUUAUUCUUGUACGUAACGCGAUACAAUGUUAAUUCCUAACCCAAUAUUUUACCGGAUAAUUUAUCUCCAUAACCUAAACUAACAUUCCAAAAUCGUGC